GUCGCAAGAUGGCGUUGGCAUUAUUAAAAUAAACAAGAAUGACGUGCAUUUGCGUCGGUGUAGACCCAUCAUGAAAACGUAGAUAUGAUAAUUUUAUAUUUAAAAAAAAGCUAACGUGACAUAAAUUUGACAAAUGUCUAAAAGAAAUAUAGUAUCUUCUGUGUAAUAUCUUCUUCCGUGCACGUGUGAUUUAUUGUUUAGUCAAUUUAAAUAUCACUCUAAGUAAGAACUGUUAGACAAAACACUCGUAGCAUAAUUGUAUAUUUCAAUAUAUCACAGCCAUACAUUUUUAUAUUCUUUCAGGUGAUUCAGCUUACCCACAGAGGCAAACACUACUGAUGGAUGCACUGACUUUUGGAUGCACCUGUAGGAUCUCCAGAAGCUCGUUAUACCGCUUUACAAGUUCGAGCCCGCAACUGUAUAGAGCGGUGUUUUGGGCGACUAAAAAUCAGUUGGUAGUGUUUGUCGUCAAUGGAGAAACUGCACUACAAGCCAGCAGCGGCAGCUAAGAUCGUUAAAACGUGUUGUGUGCUUGACAAUAUAGCUAACAAAGCGAAUUGUGAACUGCCUCCGCUGAACCGACACGAAGAACAGGAGCAGCAGCAGGAGCAGAGAUUAGCGGCGGAGUUUGACGCCCGUCAGCAGAAUGCUGAUAUUUAUUUGGCAAUGGCUCCUGACAGGUGUUGGCUAAACAAAGAGCUGCAGCUGGGUCGCGCUGCUCGUCAAGCGCUUGUCCGGCAGUUAGCAAAUUAUGAAUGCGGAGCACCUUGCUACUACUAAAAUGGAGAACCCGGACCUGUUAGCGACAUGGAACUGACCAGGACCGUCGUGGGCUCCUCAUGUGCCACCCCCGGAUACCUUUUCUGAUUGUGGUGUUUACAGUACAGUAGUGUACAUAUUCAUGAAAAAAAAAUUGUGGGUACUUUUUUUUACAUUUUUAAAAAACGCACUCUGCAUGGUUUUGGAGUUUCGACUUCGUGCUAGAUAAAAACCCCCAGGCAAGAGCAAACAAUUUUUUUUCCUAGCCUAUAUUUGUGACCCACUGCAAAGGCCUCUCUUUUCUUCCGC